AUGCAUUCCCAUGAUGCUCUUUCCGACGGACCUCCGCCUUUCAGGUGGUCUUCGCUAUGGAAAGCACCCGUAGUCAAUCCGCUAAACCUCAAGAGCUACACUAUUCCCAUUUUCAACUUGAACAAUCGGUAUAGCGUUAGUUUUCAUCUGUCUUGGCUCGGCUUUCUGGUUGCCUUUCUUUCGUGGUUUGCAUUCCCUCCCUUGAUCCCGGAGGCUAUAAAGUCUGACUUGAAGCUCACCAAUGCCCAAGUUGCAAACUCAAACAUUAUUGCGUUACUAGCUACUCUCUUGGUUCGUAUAGUCGUUGGACCUCUUGUCGACCGUUAUGGUCCUCGCAAGGUCAUGGCAAGCCUCCUUGUUCUCGGAGCCAUUCCAUCUGGACUCGCUGGAACUGCGACUAAGGCUUCUCACCUAUAUGCUAUUCGUUUCUUCAUAGGCAUUCUAGGGGGCACAUUUGUCCCGUGCCAAGCCUGGACGACAGCAUUUUUCGACAAAAACGUUGUCGGCACUGCCAAUGCUCUUGUGGGUGGAUGGGGUAACAUGGGCGGUGGUAUCACCUUUAUCAUCAUGGUCUCACUUUUCCAGCAACUCAUUCACUCUGGUUUAAGCGACCAUAUUGCAUGGAGAGUUGCGUUUGUGGCCGUUCCAGUGCCCGUGCUGCUGUCCGUCGCCGCACUUACAAUGAUCUUUGGGUGGGAUCAUCCUGCCGGAAAAUGGGAAGAUCGACACAAACUUUCUGCGCAUACCGCAGUACCGGGACAUGGUCCCAUUAUGGUACAAGAAAAGGAAGUUAACGAAAAGGACUUCGAUAAGGAGAAGAGUCAAGGCGUCAGUGUUCAGGUCAAAGAAGUUUCUGAUGCUCCUAAUAAUAUUCAAUCCGAGCUCGAUGUGGCCGUCAAUGAGCCACUUACUCUUAAAACCGCUAUGGCCAUUGUAUCAAACCCACUUACCUGGCUUCCGGCUAUUGCUUAUGUGACUACCUUUGGGUUUGAGUUGGCCGUUGACGCCAACUUGGUCAAUGUCCUCUACGGUCUCUAUCAAUCACCCACAUUUGGGCAACUCGAGGCAGGAUACAUCACGGCCAUCUACGGCCUUCUCAAUAUAUGGACUCGUCCGCUUGGUGGUCUGAUCGGUGACGCAGUCUAUCGUCGUUGGGGCGUUCCGGGGAAGAAAUGGUUCAUGCUAUUGUGCGGAUUCAUUGAAGGAGCCUUGGCCAUCGCUCUCGGCCUAUACAUUGAGACACACCACAAAAGCGGAAGUACUCCCCAACUCGCAACUAUUAUUGGGAUCUUUGUCGUCAUGGCGAUCUUCAACGAGGCAGGCUGCGGGGCAAACUUUGCUCUCGUCCCCCACUGUAAUCCAUAUUCCAAUGGUCUCAUGAGUGGGAUCGUCGGCAGCAUGGGUAAUCUCGGAGGAAUCAUCUUUGCACUCGUGUUCCGAUUCCAACCUGCCCCGCUCGGCAAGGCCUUUUGGAUUUGUGGUGUGAUUGUCAUGACCCUCAAUGCAUCCUUGGUCUGGAUUCGAGUCCCAGCAAAAUGA